UUAAAUUAAGAUAUACAUUGCAGUUUGUGAAUCGUCUGAGUGAGAGUCGACAAGUUUUGGAGCGUUUACCUCGAGUGCAGUCUGACGGACUGCUGCAGGCCUACAAUGAGUGCCAGGUUUGGUUGGAGCGCAGCUGUGUGGCCAGCCUAUUCCCAGGAGCUAGCUACGGCCGCAGGGUGACUGCUCUACAGCUGCUGACAGUGUUGGCUGUCCCACCUUCCCCCUCCCUUGCGGCAAGCCUGCUGGCCUGUCUGGCUGACAGCUAUGAGGAGGUCAAGGAGAUGGCCAUGAGACUGCUCACCUCCACCCCGGGCUUGUUGGACGAUUUGGUUGCUCCAGAGAAUGUGGUGUCAGUACUGGAGAGGAGUGUGGAGCAGGCUGGAGGGGUGAAGCCUCCAGAGACCCAGACCGCUGCUUACCUGCUGGCUACUCUGUCCCAGGCUACUUGGUCCCCCGAAACUUUGGCAGCUGUGGCGGACAAAUACAGCUGUUGCGCUCCACUUGCAGGUCACACUGACAUAGAACACAAGUCAGUGCUGUGCUGUCUGCUAGUAGUGGUAGAACAGCUGACACAGCAGCUGAGUGUGGUGUCUGUCAGCCUGUUGAGAGCAGCCAGUUCAGCCCCUCUCUACGGUCUUCUGUUCACAGCCAAAUUGUUGCUUUCACAGAUAGACCUCAGGGAGUGCAAGAGUGAAGCUUGGUGUGAAUUUAUCUCCAGACUCGUGGGGCUCAGUUUCAGCUGUAGUCAGGCUGUAGCAUCUGUUGUCAAUAAUGACUCUCCUGAAGGCCAUUUUCCAAUGGAUUUUGAUUUCGAUCCUGCAGAAGGGAUUGGUGAAGAUGGAGUUGAAGGUGUGACCUCACAGAUGGUGCUUUUGUGCUCUUGGCGAACUGUUAAAGAAGUUUCACUACUGCUGGGAUUCCUGGCAGAAGAAGCCAGCAUCACGGGUACCUCUGAAGAUGAUGGCUUGUUGUCUGGUGAGGAUCUCCUAAAGAUUGGAGACCACUUGACAAAUCUACUUGCAGAGACCAAACAUCGGGGUGCAUUUGAACAAGCGUACAUCGGCUUCUGCAAGCUGGUCUCUCGACUCUGGAAGUUGCCUGCUGGGAUGCUCCGAAGUUUACCCCUGCAAUGGUUGGAAGAAACAAUGCAAGAAAUCUCAAAAAACAAUGAAAAUUUAUGUGCUACUAGGCGUAGUGCUGGCUUACCCUUCAUGAUACAGGCAUUAAUCUGCACCCAGUUGGAAGUGGAAGGUGCCUCAUCCAUAGAGUCAUGGAUGAGUCAGCUGUUAGACCUAGCCGAGAGUGCUACAGCCAGCCCAACCACUCACACUCAUGCUCUCAACAUCCUGCGUGCAUUGUUCCGCAACACCCAGCUGGGCGAAGCUGUGGGCGUGUUUGUGGAGCGGGCCAUUAUUGUCACCAUCACCGCCUUCUCCGCCUCUUCAUGGAUGGAACGCAACUCAGCCACUCUGCUCCUCAGUGCUCUCAUGACUCGAGUGUUUGGAGUCCCUCGGUCCAAGAGCCAAGACCACCUCAGUUGGAAGAACAAGAUGACAGGCAGAAUAUUCUUUCAGCGCUAUCCAAAACUAUUUGGUUUUUUUCCAACAAGAGCUGAGAAAAGCUUGUUCAAAGUGCGACAGUUUGCACCCAUCGUUGUAUCCUGUGCUACUUGUUCUCGGGAGACUGUACCCUUCCUCACUUGAAGGAACCGAUUCUAAUGUCCAGCUAACUCAAUACAUACCAGAUAUUCUGGUUUGCUCUGGAAGUAAAAUUUUCAAAACACGUUCGCUAGCAGCCAGCGCCAUGGUACCUCUUAUGUCUUGGACGUACUUUGACAUGUUGACAAAUAAAGUUGUAGAGCAU